CAACGACGCGACUGAAUCUGACAUUAUUGUCGAUUCGCUGAUUCUUCCCGGCGUGGCGGCUCAAGAGUUCUUAGUUCCGCGCUUUCAAUGGAGGAAUCGACGGCGGAAUCAACGGCAGAGAACGCAGAUACUCUGAGGAUGGAGUUAAAGAAGACGAUGACGGAGAUUCUCGGCGACGGAGGAGUGAGCGAAGAUCGCGGCGAGGCUGACGGAAGUUCUCGAGUCUUGAAAGCAAUUGACGAGGCGGUUCGAAUCCUGAAUCGUCUGAGGGAAGUUGAAUCGAAGAUGGCGGAGUCUGCUGAUACUUCUUCGUCUUCUCCAGCGGCUUCAGUGCUCCAAGUGCCGAAAGAGUUCAAGUGUAUGCUCUCGCGUGCGAUCAUGAGCGAACCUGUAGUCAUUGCUUCUGGCCAGACCUAUGAAAAGAGAUACAUCCAACAGUGGCUGAUGUACAAACAGACAUGUCCCAAGACCAAAGAAGUCCUCUCCCACCGUUUGUGGUCACCCAACCAUUUGGUCGAUGAGCUGAUUGCGCAAUGGUGUCAGGCCAACAAGUACGAUCGGCCAGAAGCAUCUGAUGCACCCAUUGGAUUGUUCAGCGAUGACAUAGACCUAUUGCUUGACCGGAUCUCCUCUCCCUCCCCAGUUGAAGAUCAGACAAAAGCUGCAAACGAGUUGCGCCGUCAGACCAAGAGAUUUGCCAAUGUCCCGGCCUUCUUUGUCACUGAGAUCCCUGAUUCCAUCACACGGUUGCUCACUCCGCUCUCUGCUUUGGGCGAGGUCAUUGACACGUACCCGGGCCUUCAGAAGGAUAUCAUCACCGCAUUGCUCUACAUCUCGAGUCUUGAGGAGAACAAAACAGCUGUUGCUCAGCACCCUCUCGUGAUCCCACUGCUUACAAAGUCUUUGAAGAAGGGGACAGCUAAGACACGAAGAAACUCUGCAGAGGCGUUAUGGCUACUUUCAAAGCUUGAUUCUAACAAGAUCAUCAUCGGGAACUCAGAGACACUCAAGGCUUUGGUACAUGUCAUCAAAGAGGAUCAUUUCACAGCCGCCAUAAGCGCCUCUUAUGCUGUUUUCCACCUCUGUUGCCUACCGGAGAACAGGGGCAAAGUGGUUUCAGAAGGUUUGAUUCCCGCGCUGAUCAACAGGAUUAAAUAAAAAGAUUAGUUUUGCGAACUGAGUCUUGAUGAUGCAUAUAAAAAGUUUAGAAAGAAGCAAAAGUUGUAUAGUUUUCUGUGAACGUUAAGUGCCUAAA